CUUCUCCUUCUCCUUCUUCUUCUUCAUCCCCCACUCAACCAACCCAACCCAACUCAACUCAACACACUCCGAAACCCAGCAGAGAGAGCUCUCGGUCGAGAUGCUUCGAAGCUCAACCAACAACAACAGCAACCACUCAACAACAACAACCAACCAAGAACUACUCAACCAACUCAGCAGACUAUCAUCAAACCUACCAUUCUCAGACCACCACCACCCCCAUCAACCAUCAUCAUCAUCAUCAUCAAAACCAAAAACUAAUCAUGGAAUCACUAAUAACCUCAAGCUCGACAUGAUGUCCCAACUAUUAUGCUCUCAAGCACUACUAGAAUCAGACUCAUUCAAACUACUCACUUAUGACAAAUUCAAUCAGACCAAAAAAGCUAUCUCCAAACUCGAAAACCAACUACACUCAAUCAACUCAAAAAUCAACCUCGAACUCAAGAUCCUACUAGCAACCACUCUCAUCGCCGACGACAACAGUCUCAACGAACAGCAUGACCUCUACCAAUUCCCAUCUAAAUUCAAGCCACUACAUGACCAGAAGGAAUCAAUCCAAUCUCAACUCUCUGAACUCAGAACCAGCUCACUCCAACACCUCGUCGCAGUACUCGCACUAGGCUUCAAGAGACUCGAACACCAACUACAGCACUCAACCCAACUUAACCACCACUCCAGCCCCUCCCACACUCACUUCCGACCACCCAGCCCUGCACUCACCACCCUCUCCUCUCGGUCGACUAACCUCAAUAGCAGAUUCGAUGGCCCACAUCUCUUCGCGAAUAACUCUUCCUUACUCAACCGCUCCAACAGUCCAUCAUUCAACCAGAACGGUUCCAGUACCAUCACUUCCCCAGACAGAUUCCCAUUCUCUUCAUCAUCCUCAACCAACAACAAUAAUAACCAUCAUCAGAAUAAGGAGACCAAUCUACUCAAGGAAGAAAUUGAAUCACUCAAAUCAUUGUUGACUGCUCGCGAUGCGAUCAUUGCCGAACAAACCUCAGACCUGAGCUUACUCGAACUAGAAGUGGAGACCUUGAAGCAAUCAUUAUCAGACCAAUCGACCACCCAUAAACAGCAAGUCUCGGAUAAAUCCAAUGCGGAGCGGAAAGCGCAGAUUCAGAUCGACAGUCUACGAAAGGAGAACAGCAAGCUGAGCGACUCACUCGAGGCCUCCAGGGAACAGAUCUCCUCGAAGGAGCAAGAGCUGAAGCUAGUCAAGAAAGAGAUCGAGAUCUUGCAUUCGGAUCGCCAGGUCGAGCAGAUGAGCGCGCUUAACGAGAGUCUGGCCGUCCAAGCACGCGAGGCUGAGGAGCGCGCGAAGGAGGCAUUGAAUGCGCAGGCGGAGCUGGAGAGCCAACUGGAGACCUUGAAGGCGGAUCUGGAGACGACGCGUCGGUCAGGCACGCGCUCGCUCGACGAGCGAAACUCGCUUCAGCAAGACCUUCAGACCUCCCAAGAUAAGCUACAAACAGCUCUUGCCGAACUCGAGACUCUACGGACAGAAGCGGCCGAACGGGCAGCGGAAGACGGCAGGAGAUAUACCGCCCUGGAAGCCGCCCAUCGGGACGAAUGGCACGCCCUAGCAUCCCGGCUCACCACCCUCAGCUCCAAGUUCAACAACAACCCCGCCAGCCCGAAACUCGCCCAGUUCCUCGUCCAGCCACUCCAGCCCGGCCAGCAGACGAAGUUCGUAGAGGAGCUGGUCCGCAGUUUGGAUGAAUACAUCUCGAUCACCAACGAGCUCUUGGCCUCCACCCAAGAUCUGGGGCCGACUCUGCGCGCAGAACUCGAGCAAGUCCGACGAUCGCACGAGCAAGAGAAGGUGGAGUGGAUGGAGACAGUGGAGAUGCUCGAGUCAGAGAAGCAGAUGCUCGAGAAGAGUAUCGAGAGUGAACGAGCGGGGGAGAGGGAGAGUGAGGAGCUAGAGAAGGUCAAGCUGGAGGUGGCCGGACUCAAGCAACAGCUGGUGGCCGCCAAGCAGCAGGAGGAGGAGCAGACGCCCAACACGAGUGUCGAGAAGGCUCUGCGCGAGCUCUGGAAGGCGCUGCCGCCGAACCUCGAGGCCCGGGCUGGGGCCAGUCUGGACUCGGACCUCUCGAGCUUCAAGGCCGUCUACGAGCCCGCUCCUCCGCCGGCGCCCAAGAACUUCGGACUGGUCUCCGCCGGGGUUAGUGGCAGUCUUGGCGGCCUCUUCGGGCUCGGUAAACGGAACACUCCGACGCCUUCCUCCACCUCUUCCUCCGAUGAUCAUCAUCCUUCUCAACUUCAUCAACGAUCCUCGCUCGAUUUCUCCGUCGAUUCAACCCUCGAAAAACUUAAAUUGCUCGUCGAAAACGACAAGAAAUUGGUCGAUCGACUCUUCAAAUACGAGGCCGAAAAAGACUCGCAUAAGAAUAACUCCCUCCGGGCCCAGAAAUUGGUCUCUGAAUCCCAGGACGCGUUGCGGAUCUACCAGUCUCAGGUUAAAGAGUUGGAAGAAAGAUUGGAAUAUGCGGAUGCCCAAUCGGCGGCGAUGUUAGAGAAAGUGAACGACUUGAUGGAGAGCGAAGAGAAGGCGCACAUGAUCGGACGCCGGGCCGAGCAGACGAUCGCGAAGUACCAAGCGGAGCUGAGUUCUCUGAAAGCCCAACUCACAACCCACUCCCAAUCCUCAUCAUUAUCUGGAGGGGGAGGGGCAGAGAAGAGGUUGAAGGAAGAGGUCCAGAGGUUGAGCGAGACGGUCGAAGACUUGAAUGCGGAGAUCGAGGACCUGAAGGCCCAAGAACUCAAGCUCAGAGACACUUUCCUCUCCGACCUCGCUGAACUCAACCAGCUCAAUUCGGCACUAAAGGCCAAGAAUAGGGCCCUCGAACGAUCCGUCAAGAAUCAGUGAUCUGUUCUCUUUUCUUUUUUUGUGGAUUUUUUUCUGGGGUGGCGUUCUUUCGCCCUUCUUCGUUUUUUCUUUUGUUUUUGGAGCGCUGACCGGCGCUCCACUUCCCCAGUCGUUUUUUUUUCUUCUGUCUCGCUUUCUCUGUCUCUUCUUCAAUCUUGAAAAAAGUCCGCCUUCUCUUUUGUUUAGUCAAUCAUCAUCAUUCUGUGAACACUCUUCCUUCCUUCCUUCCUUCCUUUUUUUGUUUCGGUCGUCUUCGUCUUCAUUGUUGUUGUUGUUGUUUCUUGAUUUUUAGGGUGUUUAGAGUGUGUGUGUUUCGGUUUUGGUAAGUUAUUUUUAGUACUAUGUAGGUCUGUAUACUCCCCAUCUACAAUCCCCCUUUUUUUGUUUUUUUCUUGGUGGCUCGCUCAGGGAUGGCUUGAAGGGUACAUAAUUAAUCAGGUGUCUGUAAAGGUCCUUGAAAAGGUGUGCAUGUGGAAG